AUAUACUCAUCUUGAACAGUUAUGUGAAGAGUUUAGGCCCAGCAACUUGACAUAUCUGUAUUUGAUAACGAUUACGGGUGAAAGUUAAAUCAGAAAAAGGGAGUAGUGAAGUGCCUUGCUAGCUAGGCUGCUAAUGUUACGGCCUAUUCACUCCGCGGAUCCGGCUUUCUGUUAUGAACUCGCUAAAUUUUAGCACUGUUAAUAGUUAAAUCUGGGCGGCGUUGACAGAGCUGCCAGUUGUCAAAAUGUAUUAUCCGUUGAAAAAGUUGUCACCCACAUAGUUUGUCAUUUUGAUGUCAUGUUUUUACUGGGUUUAGUUACCUAUCAAUUUACUUGGCUAGCUAGCCACUCAUGUGUAAUUAAGUCGGCCCUGCGUUGCACGCCAGCCAACUUUACAGUCUAGAUUACUAGCUAUGUAAUGUAGCUAUCAUGUGGCGAUGUGGGAAAAAAUAGAAUAGGCCUGUACUCGAUCGUGUAAACCUUAUUAGGUCGUAUACGCUAGCUAGUGAAGUAUGCACGUGUGCAUUGUCCGUGGUGAUGUAACUAGGACGGCUAACUACGUUAGCUAAAGUUGGAUAUGAGUUGAUUAGCUCGAUGGCUAACUCAAUCUUUGCCAUCAAGUAGCUAUCCGCUAGUGAGCAACGCAUCCCCGGGAGCCAGCAUGUUGCAUGACAUGAGUCACCUUUCUAACGAAUCGAAAUGAACUGGAGGCGGCACAGAAGUUUCUGGAGCAGGCGGCAAUUGAGAAUUUGCCCACGUUCCUGGUGGAGCUCUCCAAGGUGCUCGCCAACCCUGGCAACACCCAGGUGGCUCGCGUGGCCGCAGGGCUGCAGGUGAAGAACUCGCUCACCUCCAAAGACCCGGACGUGAAGACGCGUUACCAGCAGAGAUGGCUGGCCAUCGACGCCAACGCCCGGAGGGAAAUCAAGAACUUUGUAAGGAGAAACUCCUCUUCCACCUCUUAGUGCAUAUUUAUUUAUACUUUCUAGCUUUAGUAGGAUUUUGUGGUCUCUUGACUCCCCACCCACUCGUCCUUUUUUGGGGUUGAAGUAUAUUAAAGUCUAUAUUACGGUUUUAAGUGACAGUGUGGGUUACACAGUGACAAUCAUGUCAUUCAAAUAUCCCCUGGGGGAAAGAGGAUCCUGAAGUUGAUUACUCUUCGAUAAUUUAACCUUAAACCUACCCAGCCAAAUUACUUAUUUUUCUUAAGCUCUUCGCUCCUAUAAGAACCAAUGUCCUCCAUCUCACUCGGCCUCACCCAGCCAAAUGCACCAGUUGAUUCACUCCCCUCCAGGUUCUGCAGACCUUGGGCACGGAGACGUACCGGCCCAGCUCGGCCUCCCAGUGCGUGGCCGGCAUAGCCUGCGCAGAGAUCCCCGUCACACAGUGGCCCGAGCUCAUUCCCCAGCUGGUGGCCAACGUGACGGACCCCAGCAGCACCGAGCACAUGAAGGAGUCCACCUUGGAGGCCAUCGGAUACAUCUGCCAGGAUAUAGACCCUGAGCAGCUGCAGGACAACGCCAACCAGAUCCUGACAGCCAUCAUCCAGGGCAUGAGGAAGGAGGAGCCCAGCAACAACGUCAAGCUGGCUGCAACCAACGCACUGCUCAACUCACUGGAGUUCACCAAAGCCAACUUCGACAAAGAGACGGAGAGGCACUUUAUAAUGCAGGUCGUCUGCGAGGCCACACAGUGCCCAGACACCAGAGUGAGUAUCGUACGAGUGGCUGCCUUACAGAACUUGGUGAAGAUAAUGUCUUUGUAUUAUCAGUACAUGGAAACGUACAUGGGCCCAGCACUGUUUGCGAUCACAAUAGAAGCCAUGAAAAGUGACAUUGAUGAAGUUGCCUUACAAGGAAUCGAGUUCUGGUCGAACGUGUGCGACGAGGAGAUGGACUUGGCCAUCGAAGCGACUGAGGCAUCGGAGCAGGGCCGGCCUCCGGAGCACACCAGCAAGUUCUACGCCAAAGGAGCCUUGCAAUACCUGGUGCCCAUCCUCACCCAGACACUCACCAAGCAGGACGAGAACAACGACGAUGACGACUGGAACCCGUGCAAGGCGGCGGGCGUGUGCCUGAUGCUGCUGGCCACGUGUUGCGAGGACGACGUGGUGCCUCACGUGUUGCCCUUCAUCAAGGAGCACAUCAAGCACCCCGACUGGCGCUACCGCGACGCCUCCGUCAUGGCCUUCGGCUCCAUCCUGGAGGGGCCCGAGCUCAGCCAGCUCAAACCCCUCGUCAUCCAGGCGAUGCCCAUGCUGAUUGAGCUGAUGAAGGACCCCAGUGUUGUGGUGAGGGACACCACGGCCUGGACGGUGGGCAGGAUCUGUGAGCUGCUGCCGGAGGCGGCCAUCAACGAGGUGUACCUGGCCCCUCUGCUGCAGUGCCUCAUCGAGGGCCUGGGGGCCGAGCCACGCGUUGCGUCCAACGUCUGCUGGGCUUUCUCCAGCCUGGCGGAAGCCGCGUACGAAGGCACAGAUGCAGCAGAGGAACAGGAGGAGCCUGCCACCUACUGCCUCUCCUCCUCCUUUGAACUCAUCAUCCAGAAACUCCUAGAAACCACAGACAGGCCGGACGGUCACCAGAACAACCUGCGUAGCGCGGCCUACGAGGCCCUGAUGGAGAUUGUGAAGAACAGCGCCAAGGACUGCUACCCAGCCGUGCAGAAGACCACCCUGGUCAUCAUGGAGCGCCUGCAGCAGGUCCUGCAGAUGGAGUCUCACAUCCAGAGCACGUCGGACAGAAUUCAGUUCAACGACCUCCAGUCCCUGCUGUGUGCCACCCUGCAGAAUGUGCUGAGGAAGGUGCAGCACCAGGACGCGUUGCAGAUCUCCGACGUGGUGAUGGCCUCGCUGCUCAGAAUGUUCCAGAACACUGCCGGCUCCGGGGGCGUACAGGAGGAUGCACUCAUGGCCGUCUCAACCUUGGUGGAAGUAUUGGGUGCUGACUUUCAGAAAUACAUGGAUGCCUUUAAACCCUUCCUGGGAAUUGGAUUGAAGAAUUACGCAGAAUAUCAAGUGUGUCUGGCUGCGGUGGGCCUGGUGUGUGACCUGUGCCGGGCCCUGAUGUCCAACAUCCUGCCUUACUGCGACGAGAUCAUGCAGCUCCUGCUGGAGAACCUGGGAAAUGAGAAUGUGCACCGGUCGGUGAAGCCCCAGAUCCUGUCGGUGUUCGGAGACAUUGCCCUGGCCAUCGGAGGAGAGUUCAAGAAGUACCUGGAGAUCGUCCUGGACACGCUGCAGCAGGCGUCGCAGGCACAAGUCGACAAGACGGACUAUGACAUGGUGGACUAUCUGAACGAGCUGCGGGAGGGCUGUCUGGAGGCCUACACUGGCAUCAUCCAGGGCCUGAAGGGAGACAAGGAGAACGUGCACCCUGACGUGAUGCUGGUGCAGCCCAGAGUGGAGUUCAUCCUGUCCUUCAUCCAUCACAUCGCUGAAGACGAGGACCACUCUAAUGGCGUGGUGGCAAACGCUGCCGGACUUAUAGGAGACCUGUGCACGGCGUUUGGGAAGGACGUGUUGAAGCUGGUAGAGCUGCGGCCCCUCAUCAACGACCUGCUGACUGAGGGCCGGAGGUCCAAGGUCACCAUAACCAAGAUGCUGGCCACAUGGGCCACCAAGGAGCUGCGCAAGCUCAAGAGCCAGGCCUGAGUUCAUGCUUGUUGGGGAUAAGCUAGACAACAAUGAAAACACCCCACUGGAGUUUCUUCUGUCUUUUGCGUCGUGUCCGAGUUAAAGCAGAAGUGAAGCGUGCGCUGAGAUGAGUGUCUGAGAAUGUGAGAGUGAGAGUGAGAGUGAGCGAGGAUCGACGUCACACCACCUUCGUGAGUACAAUUCCAGCAGUCGCCGGCAGACCAGCAGCGCCCCACCCCUGAACCCCCACCACCACUUCCUUUGCCCCCCUCCCCCAAAACCCUCUUCUUCGGGCGCCUGUGGACUGAUUCUGACUUGACGACAAGGACUCCACACAAAAACAUGGAUCGCUGUAGCCGGGUAGUUCUAGAACUCUUCUGAAAAACUAAUAUUAGUCUACAACAGGAUCACCAGAGUAGAGAGAAAUGAACUGCCAAAAUGUGGUUCUCUUUUGAGGGAAAAUUACAAACACAACAUGAUACGAAAGAACUCAACUAUUUUGCUCUUUGACCGAUUAGUGGAAGACUUUUCCCUUGACUUUGGUUCCUUCAAGCACUAUAUGGUUGUGGACUUCAAAAAUGGAGAUGGUCAAUUUUACGCAAACGUGAACUGAACCGGAAUCUGAAAAAAGCUCAUUUUUGGGGUGUUGGAAAUGCGCCCAAAGGAUCACUCUGGAGUUGAAAGAAGACAAAACGAGGGGGAUGAGCGGGCGGUCUCCACCCCCCUCGUCGCCUGCCUCUCCGCAAUCCUCCAGAGCGUGGCAGGGGUAGAGCUGAUCAGCCUGGAUGAUGGAGUGUGUCUGUGAGGGAGGGGAUUCACUGUCUCUACCCCCCCCGGGUUAUUUCAAAUAAAUAAUAACGCUUCAAGCAAAUUCAGUAAGAUCUAUUUCUGAUGCUGUUUGGGAGAGGGCUGUGGGGGCUUGGUAGAUGAUUUAUUGGCAGCACUUGAGUGAAUUGGCAAGAAGGUUUUCUUUAUUUCCUGCAAGAGAAUCACUGACAAAUGUUCACCAUUUUUCUUUUUAAUGGCAUCAGUUGUUUCUCUUCAUCUUCAAGUGUGGGCUUCUAGAUAAAGACCCUUUCUUGCCAGCCCUGUUAACAAGAAUCGGUGAGGACUUGUGCGUUGAGUGCAUCAGGAUCAUUCAAGGCUAGGGAUAACUACAUUUGACAUGUAACACUGACAUCUUCUUAGUGCCAAGAUGAGCAAGGAGUAGAAAAUGAGUGCCAAAUUUAGACUACUCAUCAGGGUAAAAUACAACAAGCAAACACAUACUUGCCUACAGUAUGCAGUUCAGAAAUAAAUCUAUAAUUUGAACUACAUGAACAAGUGAAUUGGGCUUGUUUCAGUUCCCAUUUGUUGGUUUCUAGGUGCACUUAGUUGGAAAAGGGUCACUCACCAAGCUGUUAAAAUGAGAAUUGAAGCUGUUUGUACAAGGUUAUAUUUUUCCAUUGCUAUGAAAAACAAUAAAAUGAUAUCAAACAUC